CUGCCGGCGCCAUGUAGUCCUGUCUGAGAGCUGCUGGAGUGAUGGCUGUGCGUACUGUCUAUGAGUUCUCCGCCCGCCUGCUGGGCUCAGGGGAGAUCCUCAACUUCUCCCGUUUUAAGGGGCAAGUGCUGCUCAUAGAGAAUGUAGCAUCGCUCUGAGGGACGACGGUUCGGGAUUACACCCAGAUGAGUCGUCUGCAGAGCACACACGGCCCCAACGGGCUGCAAGUGCUCGGCUUUCCCUGCAACCAGUUCGGACACCAGGAGAAUACCAACAACCAGGAGAUCUUGAACUCUCUGAAGUAUGUCAGACCUGGAGGUGGAUACGAGCCCAAUUUCCCAAUUUUCGAGAAGUGCGAGGUGAACGGUGAAAAAGAGCAUCCCCUCUUCACCUUUCUGAAAGAGCAACUUCCAUAUCCCAGUGAUGAUUCUGUGUCUCUCAUGGUGGACCCCAAGUGCAUUAUCUGGUCUCCGGUGAGGCGGAACGAUAUCUCUUGGAACUUCGAGAAGUUCCUUAUUGGGGCUGAUGGCGUUCCAUACAAAAGAUACAGCCGCCGAUUUGAAACAGUUAACAUCCAGGCGGACAUUGAGAAGUUGCUAAAUGAGAAGUCAAAGUAGAAUGAGUAGCAAUGUCUGUGCUGCAACGUGGCUAAAAAAACACUCCAUUUGUUUUGUGCAAUAUAGUGCUAAAACAUUGCAAAAAUGUAAUAUUGCUCCCGCCUGGCGUUUCUGUUAAACUGACAUUUUUGAGUGAAGCUAUAAUUUGUUAUAUCUGACAUUGCAGCCAGACUUGGCAUCACUUCUGAAGUUUCACUUCUUCUUGUGGUCUUUCUUCUCGUGCUUCCUGCGCUGGCUUCUGUCACCUCCUCUGACUCUUACUCAUGAUGCCUUUCCUUGAAACGUGUAGAGGAAGGGUUGAUGUACCUUGUAAGUGGUCAGUGGGAGAGCAGUUAGUUUAGCAAAGGUGAGCAGAGAGAAAGGUUUAUAAUUUACUAAUAAAACUUAUUGUGGAAAAAAUGCAGUCUUGUUU